CCCGCCCCAGGCAGCGCCCAUGUCCCCGCGGUCGUCGGGACGAUGCUGUUCUCCCUGCGGGAGUUGGUGCAGUGGUUGGGCUUUGCCACCUUCGAGAUCUUCCUGCAUGGCCUGGCCCUGCUGGCCUUCUCGGUGCUCCUCGUCCUGAAGGUGGACGGCGAGGCCUCGGCGCUCUCCUGGUGGGUCGUCUUCGUCCCCUUCUUCGCCGCCGACGGCCUCAGCACCUACUUCACCACCAUCGUCUCGGUGCGGCUCUUCCAGGACGGUGAGAAGCGCCUGGCCGUGCUGCGGCUCUUCUGGAUCCUCACCAUCCUCAGCCUCAAGUUCGUCUUCGAGAUGCUGCUGUGCCAGAAGCUGGUGGAGCACACCCGGGAGCUCUGGUACGGGCUCAUCAUGUCGCCUGUCUUCAUCCUCCUCCAGCUGCUCAUGAUCCGAGCCUGCCGGGUGAACUGACGGCGAGGGAGCGGGCUCCGGAUCGCUGCCCUCACCCCGGCCGGGGAUGUGCCUGGCUCACGGGGGAGGUCUGGACUCGUAGCGACGGUCAUCGGGCUUUUCCCCUUCUUUAUUUCUGUACAGAGUGGUAGGCAGAAGGUUACACAGGUCCGGUGCUAUGAGAGGAAGGGUCUGUAAUUAAGCACGCUGCUGUGUUGUAUAGCAUCAUAUUUCUUCAAAAGAUCCUUUCGUGCCGCAUCGUUUUUUCAGUUCACUCAGCUGUUAGUGUUAGUCUUAAAGUAUCCGGACCUGCAGGCACUGUUUGAUAUGCUGGUUAUUUUAUUUUAAAAUAAAAAUGCAUGGAAGGAUUAGUUUUA